AUGGAGCGCGCAAAUAAACCUACAGCAAUUCCAGUGCACUCUCCGCUCCCGCAGCCCACUAUCUCCGUGCAAGAAGAUCAAGUCCAGGCUUCACUGGCCUCCGGCGAAUCCGUCACUGUCAAUCUGUUUGGCGCGACUGUCGUGUCCUGGAAGCUUGCCAAUGGCGAGGAACAGCUUUUUUUGAGCGAGAAAGCUGCGCUGGAUGGGUCGAAGCCAAUACGCGGCGGGAUUCCAUUGGUUUUCCCGGUUUUCGGCCCUCCUCCCAAAGGCCACGCCACUUCCGCACUCCCCCAGCACGGGUUCGCCCGCAAUGUACAUUGGGAAUUUCUUGGGAAAUCGACUUCCGAAUCAGAGGGACAGAAUGGCGAUAGCAGCGUUAAGCUUGAUUUCGGCCUGUCGAUGAGCAUGUUGGGUGACAAGUUCAAGAAGGAUUGGCCGUAUAAUUUCGGUCUUCUGUACAGUGUUACACUGAGCAAGGGCAGCCUCAUCACGUCGCUGCAGGUCCAGAAUAAAGGUGCACAGCCGUUUGAUUUCCAGGCUUUGCUACAUUCGUACUUCAAGGUCAAGGAUAUUACCAGAGUCCGCCUUCUAAACCUGCAGUCAACAACAUACGUUGACAAACUGCUCAACGCAUCGGUUCAUGUCGAAUCCUCCCCGGCCCUCUCAUUCACCCAAGAAACGGAUCGCAUCUAUCAAUCUCUUGAUCCAACCGUACCCAUCAUCGUUGCCGACGCAGACAACAACAACAGCCCCAUCUUCUCAAUUACCCGCGAAUCUCUCAAUGAUGUCGUGGUGUGGAACCCUUGGAUCGAGAAGGCGAAGGGAAUGGCCGAUUUCGCACCUGAUGAUGGUUAUAAAAACAUGAUUUGCGUUGAGGCCGGAUCAGUUGCGGGAUGGCAGACGUUGGAAGCAGGUGAGUCGUGGGAGGGUGGCCAGACAGUGAGGAGUAAACUCUGA